UUUGCUGGUAUACUUCAAUAUGAGUCAAUCGGAACCCGAAAUAUAUGGCAUCCCGCCCGAUGUGACAAUUCGGCAUGAACUGCGCAUCUAUUUCUUGAGCGUGUUGUUUGCCUUCAUUGCGCUCUUUCAAUGGUUUCUCAUUCAAUACUUAUUGGACUGGAGCAAGUACCGAUUAUCACCUGUGCGAUAUGGCUAUUGGCUCAUUGCCACGUUCUUUGGCAUCUCGGUACUGUCAUGUACGGCAUUUGGUCGCAAGUAUCCCUGCAACGUAUUCCUCGUUGCGAUCAUUGUGGAGAGCUCAACGCUGUACAUUGCCAUGGAGCAGCAGAAUACAAAGGGAAUACUGGUCAAUGUAUAUGCGGGUCUUAUUGUGAUCUGCCUGGUGGUUACCUCAAUCAUUUAUGGUGCGUACGUUCCGAUGCGAUUAAUGCCAGGCGAUUUGAUGCUUAGUGUCCUGGUUGCGUUGGGCAACAUCAUGUUGGCCAUCUUUUUUCUCAACGCCUACGUCUUUGGCUCUAGCUUAAUAUAUUCAAUAGUACGCAAUUUUUUUGCAUUCGUUGCCGUUACGAUGAUCAUGUAUACGGCAACUAUUAUACACGAUCGGCAGUUCUAUGUGCCGAAGGACGAAUAUAUUUUUCUCAGUGUUUUGUCUUUUUUUGGCCAUAUGAUCUUGCAUGAACGUGUCCUUACAUUGUCCGUCAAAGAGACCAAAACAGUGGACUGCGAUGCUUUUAUUUAGUCAGCGCUUUACAUAUAUAUUUGAGAAUGUGUUUAAUAUUUAAAUAUUAUGUAUUCCAAUGGGAAAACAUCGCUAGCCUUCGAUUUGGAAGAAAUGAAUGUGUAAAUAUUUAAUUGUAAUAAUUUUCAAUAUUAUA